AUGACAAACUAUCAAAUUAUGCGCAAGUUGGCUAUUACUAUGCUCUUGUAUUUCAUACAUUGCUCCCUUAAUAUUCUGGUAGAAGGGCAAUGUUCACGUGUUGAAUACGUGGAGAAAUUCAAAACGUGGUACUAUUGGAUUGGCUCAAAUUAUCGUCCUAAUUUACGUAAUGGGGAAGGACCGAAACGUUUGGUUGGACUGGACCGUUUUUAUAUUGACGAGUACGCGGUGAGCAAUGCAGAUUUUAAAAAGUUCGUCAACACCACUGGAUACGUAACCGAAGCUGAAAAAAAAGGCUACUCAAUAGUACAUGAUGAAUACUUAGUCCCAUCUGCUAAAAAGAAAAUUGUACAGUCUGCGGUUAUUUCAUCAGGAUAUCUGUCUGUCAGAAAUGCUACUUGGAGGACACCCUUAGGAAUCGGCUCCAGUAUAUCAGAAUCAAUGAACUUUGCAGUCGUGCAUGUUUCUUGGAAUGACGCCGCAGCUUACUGCAAGUGGGCGGGUAAAAGACUGCCAACCGAAGCUGAAUGGGAGGCUAGUUGCAGAAUCAAAGACAAGCUCAUGGAUGACAUAACUGAGCAUCCUCCUGGACGUUGUGCGCUAAAAUUCAAUGGAAAAAUGUAUCAACAUAUUGCGGGUUCUGACGUUGAGCAAGUUAAUUCAGAAGCAUAUAGAUUGCCUAACUAUCAUAAUAUCAAUUUGUCUGAGUGGACCUCAGAUUGGUGGGGAGUCAACAAUUUUAAACAAAACGAUCUCAAUCCUACUGGACCUUAUUAUGGGACUCAAAAAGUAGUUAAAUAUAGUCACUUGAAUUGUGACGACACCCAGGAAUGUGCUUCAGAUGUGUUGCUACAUCUUGAACAGUUAAAUGAACAAUUUAAAAACAAGCACUAA